AUGUUUUCCCAUAUCAAACAAGAGCAUGAUGCCUCCUCACCUUACAUUAAACCGGAUCCCGAGACCAAAGACACUGUUCUCGCCGACAUCGACGAUGAAGACGUAUAUGAGGAUGAUGGUGACCUAGACUUUACAAACGCCGACCAAAGCUUAUGGCUUUCCCGAAUACCCCGGUCGCUCUGGGAGCAUUGGUCCAAGCUGGAUGAUGAUGAUGAAAUUCAGAUCGGCACAGUCAGUUUACGCCUCACCGAAAGCGAGGAGAACCGCGACAUUCCCAAGGACUAUAUUUUGUCGCGGCAGACGCUGAAUUCGGAAAACCUGCUACACAUGACCCAGAAUACAUAUCUCUUCACAGAAAAGGACAUUCCUGGUUACGAAAAUCGGAUGGUCACUUUUGGCGAAGCGAGGUCUGCUUUAUACGAGUCGAUGAAGCGCGAUGCAAGGAGAAAGGAGCGGAAGAAGAAGUGGGAGCCCUAUAUUCGCAAAACUAUUCCGAAGCGAACUGCUUUGGUCGGACAAGUGAAAGAAGAGUUCAACUGUCUUCCUGUCGAAAACGAAGAAUUCAGAAUCCUCUCAGAGAAGAAGGCUCUGGAAGCUCUGAAGCCGAGACGAGAAGUUAAAUACGUUGAUAAAAUGCCGGCCAAGUUGCUUCAACAAAGGCACGCUCUGCCUGGAGAGCAGGGCGCGUUUGUGCAAGCUACGAAGCCGGCCAAACUCAAAGCGCAGGAAAACAAGACCACUCGUAUGCCGCAGAACGAGCUGUUGGAUCUUAUUUACCAGUGCUUUCGCGAAUACAGAUACUGGCCAUUUAAGACACUCAAAGCUAGGCUUCGCCAACCUGAGGCUUAUCUUAAGCAAACAUUGGAGAUGAUUGCGCACCUAGUGAAAUCCGGCGAUUUCGCCAUGACGUGGGAGUUGAAGCCCGAGGCAAGAGAGAGUAACUACUCGAACGCUAUGGACGUCAAACAAGAAGCCGCACCCGGUUUGGACUAUAACUUCGAUGAGGGCUCGGAAACCGAUGCGAUGGCAUCCGGCGUGGAUAACGAUGAUACGCAAUUCGAGAACGUGGUCUAG